AUGGUCGCUACAGAUUGCUGGAAUUAUCCCUCAAUCAAAACUAAAGAAGAUUAUUCCAAAUUCGUUUCGGAUUGCGCUGGAGUAGAUAAACUUGGAUUCAUGGACGACAUUCCAUGGGUGUUUGAUGCACAGCAUGUAUCAGAAAAUGAUUUUAAUAAGCUAUUCAGUAAUGCUAAAGAAAUUCGCAUGAGUAUCCAUAUACAGAACACGAAUUUUGUUCAACCGUCCUUGGAAAAACUUCAAAAAGUUCAUGUACGAGAAGGCUCGCCAUCUUUUCGCUUUGAAAAUAAUGCUGAUUUGGUUGAUCUCAAAACACCAACUCAGACUAUAACGUCCGAGCCAAAUGACACUGUCGUCGAAACGUACUAUUUUGGAAAUGGACGAGGCAAGGAUAUGCAUGUUCACGACACACCACCAUAUGCUAACGUUCACAAACUGUGUCCUGUGAAAAAAGGAUGUCGAGUUCACAAAGAUACAGAGUGCAGUCGAAUAGCAGAACCAAUCAACGAUAUAAGUGAAUUUGUGGAUAAAUGUAGCAAUGAAACCGUGAUCAAAGGAGCACCAGGGGUGAAAGUUAUGAUUGAUUUGGCUUUGCUUAAUUCACGUCAAAUUUCGAAAUUAUUUGGAAAAUCGGAACAACUUUAUAUAUGUAUCAGAUCUGUUGGUACUUACCAUAGAAAACUAAGAUUUCCUCAUCUAAAGCACAUCGAGGCUUGUAAUGAAGGAGAAAACGCUCUCUUGCUCGAAAAUAAUCCGUUCUUAGAAGAGGUGGUGUUUCCGUGCACUUUCACAUCAGACAGAAGCUUUAGGAUAAGAGGGAACCAUAUUUUGAGCGCGAGAAAUAUUAUGGCAAUGUUAGCAACCUGUCUGCAAUGUGAUUUGCAAGAUCCAGGGGAAAAUCUUGUUGAAUCCGCAGAUGAUAUUAAAGCAGACUGUGAAAACUUCCCUCCUCCAGAAAAGGAAAGCGAUUACAUUCAUCUCGUGAACACAUGUAGCGGUGUGCAAAAAUUGCAGUUUGCUGGUGGAACGACGACAUAUUUCGAUGCUUCGAAGCUGCCACAAUAUAUGUUUGAGGAGCUUUUCAAAAAAAUCGAGGAAAUCAACUUCGGCCUCAAAAUUGUCAACACACAGUACAAACGCUUAUAUAUUCCUAAUUUGAAGAAGAUCAAUAUUUUUGGUAAGAUUUGA